GGGGGGGGGGGACAACCGGCACCAUCUCCCCCCCCCCCGCUUCGCUCCCUCGCCGUGGUGAGCGCCCUCAUACUAAAUUUUUCUAGAAAAAACCCUGUUCAUGACUUACUUUAUAAUCGUAUUUAUUGUGGGAAUCGAACAUCGAUCGUAUAGUCAUGGGCGUGGCCAUGUUUACCAUACGUUGCAUUGUGGGAAGGUUCCAUUGUUUCAACUUUGGUUUCUGAGCACACAAUCAUGGCGGCCGCGAAGCGAAAGGCCGAUGGCAUUAUUGAUAGUCCUGCAAAGAAAUACCAGAAAAAAUAAGACUAGUGCUGGAUUUUAAUUUUUUAAAUUUUGUUCAUGUAAUCUAUCACUUACUUUCAACUUGAAUGAGUACUAUUAUCUAAUAGGCUGCUUUCUACUUUUUGUCUUCGAUACAAUACAUAGAUUGGACCCCAGUAAAAUUCCUACUGACAGCUUACCAAAACUACUGACAAGAUACUGCAAGACUACUGACAGGGCAAAUUUGGGGUAAACAGGUCGGUGUGCUUCCAGGUCCGUUAUCAUGGAAACAGGGCUGUAGUGGAGGCUAAGUACACGUAAAUGGUGUUCACGCGUCUCUAAAUAACAUUUAUGCAUCAUUAUGGACCCUUUUCAGUCACGUGACCUUCGUAAACGCGACCGCCAUUCUGGACAUGUAGUGGACUUCGGCUCGAAUCAGUUUGAAUGCGAGGAAGGCGACAAACGAAAAACAUAAAAGCAAAAGGAGCGAGAUGCAGAAAACACCUUCACUAUCCAGCGACGUAGGGCAUUUACAGGGCGAGCAGAGGGAGAGGUAUUUGCAAAAAUUGAGGUUAGCAGGCUUAGAGAACGACGUUUACCUGCUUCCACCAGGAUUGUUCACUGACGUACGGAAGUACACCAAGCCCUCGUCUUUACCUGACUUCGGCCCACAUGAUCUGUAUACCUAUGUCGUUAAAAACCCAUCGCCAUACACAAACAUGCCAACGUCCGAGGUUCCGGAGCGCGCUCCGGCUUGCUCCAGGAGUGCUCCGGCCGAGGUUCCGGAGGGCGCUCCGGCUUGCUCCAGGAGUGCUCCGGCCGAGGUUCCGGAGGGCGCUCCGGCCUGCUCCAGGAGUGCUCCGGCCGAGGUUCCGGAGGGCGCUCCGGCCUGCUCCAGGAGUGCUCCGGCCGAGGUUCCGGAGGGCGCUCCGGCCUGCUCCAGGAGUGCUCCGGCCGAGGUUCCGGAGGGCGCUCCGGCCUGCUCCAGGAGUGCUCCGGCCGAGGUUCCGGAGGGCGCUCCGGCCUGCUCCAGGAGUGCUCCGGCCGAGGUUCCGGAGGGCGCUCCGGCCUGCUCCAGGAGUGCUCCGGCCGAGGUUCCGGAGGGCGCUCCGGCCUGCUCCAGGAGUGCUCCGGCCGAGGUUCCGGAGGGCGCUCCGGCCUGCUCCAGGAGUGCUCCGGCCGAGGUUCCGGAGGGCGCUCCGGCCUGCUCCAGGAGUGCUCCGGCCGAGGUUCCGGAGGGCGCUCCGGCCUGCUCCAGGAGUGCUCCGGCCGAGGUUCCGGAGGGCGCUCCGGCCUGCUCCAGGAGUGCUCCGGCCGAGGUUCCGGAGGGCGCUCCGGCCUGCUCCAGGAGUGCUCCGGCCGAGGUUCCGGAGGGCGCUCCGGCCUGCUCCAGGAGUGCUCCGGCCGAGGUUCCGGAGGGCGCUCCGGCCUGCUCCAGGAGUGCUCCGGCCGAGGUUCCGGAGGGCGCUCCGGCCUGCUCCAGGAGUGCUCCGGCCGAGGUUCCGGAGGGCGCUCCGGCCUGCUCCAGGAGUGCUCCGGCCGAGGUUCCGGAGGGCGCUCCGGCCUGCUCCAGGAGUGCUCCGGCCGAGGUUCCGGAGGGCGCUCCGGCCUGCUCCAGGAGUGCUCCGGCCGAGGUUCCGGAGGGCGCUCCGGCCUGCUCCAGGAGUGCUCCGGCCGAGGUUCCGGAGGGCGCUCCGGCCUGCUCCAGGAGUGCUCCGGCCGAGGUUCCGGAGGGCGCUCCGGCCUGCUCCAGGAGUGCUCCGGCCGAGGUUCCGGAGGGCGCUCCGGCCUGCUCCAGGAGUGCUCCGGCCGAGGUUCCGGAGGGCGCUCCGGCGCACGCUGCUUAA